AGUCUACAGCUAUCUGUCCAUAUUGUGAGAACCGUGACAACACCGAAUAGUCAAAAUGAAAGACACAGUUGGAAAGCGUUUGGUUUACUUCACUGGUAAUAUGAAAGAGUUUGGGAAAUGGAUUCAAGCUCAGCCUUUUGGCGUGCAGCUUCUCGAAUGGAAUCUACGUGGUGUUUCCCAGGUGAUUUUUGUCAAUAACCCACUCAGUGGGAUGACAAUAUUAAUGGCUCUCAUUCUGCAAAGUCCUUGGGUUGCACUGACAGGAGCUGUGGGACUGCUGACUUCAACACUCACGUCUCUGAUAUUGUCACAAGACAGCGAGGACAUCGCAGCAGGCCGCCACGGCUACAACGGGAUGCUGGUUGGAAUCCUGAUAGCACUGUUCAGUGACAAAGGCGACUGGUAUUGGUGGCUGCUGAUACCUUCUUGUCUGAUGGCCGCCUCAUGCACUUUCAUCUUCAGUGGGUUAAAGUCACUCUUUGAACCGUGGGACCUGCCUGUCCUCGCUUUCCCCUUCAACACUAUGCUGAUCUUGUACUCAGGGGCCACUGGCCGCAACAAUCAACAUUUCCCUCAAGUUCACAUCGGGCCACAGACUACACCAACUAAUGUCACAGCACCAGAGCUAAACGUACUCAUGCUUUUGAGGGCAAUCCCAAUUGGAGCAGGCCAAAUCUAUGGCUGUGAUAACUUUUGGCCUUCUGUGAUUAUCUUAAUGGCAGUUUUUCUAUCAUCUCCCAUCCUUUGUGCACAUGUUAUCGUAGGCUCUGCAGUGGGUAUUGCAGCAGGAUUGUCACUUGGAGUGCCCUUUGAACUACUCUACAAUGGACUCGCUACCUUUAAUGGUGUUCUGGCAUGUAUGACUAUUGGAGGCCUCUUCUAUGUCCUAACUUGGCAGACUCAUCUCCUCGCAAUUGCAUGUGCAUUCUUCUCCUCUUAUUCAGAUCAAGCAUUCCGAAAUGUCUUGGCAAUGGUUGGGUUACCUGCUGCUUCUUGGGCUUCUACCUUAACAAUCACUUUAUUUUUACUGGGGAAAAAUAAACAACCGAAAAUGUACAAACUGCCUAUAAGUACGGUCUCGUACCCAGAAGAAAGCCGAAAAUUGUAUCUUCAAUGGUCAAAGCCACAAUCAAAUGAGACAAAUGUGUAGCGGUCAUAUUGAAUAUUGGUAUUAUUUCUAUAGUAAUAAUACAUCCUUGUAUUUGAUAUAGGCCUUAGCACAUUGCUGCAACGUCUCAAAGUGCUUCAAAGAAUAUACUGUGAAGUGAAUAGACUGUUUUUUUGUAAGAUACUGAAAUACUCAUAUUUCACAAAGCAAAAAGCCUCCCAAAAACCACUUGAAAAGAUUUGGUAAAUAUACAUACAGCUUGUGAAAUCCUUUAUAUCAGAUCAUUUUUUAAUCCAAUCUUUGUCAGAUGUGAAUAUUUUGCUGCAAGUCACGUUAUUUGAAUAUUUUACAUAGAUUCAAUUUAUGAAAAAAAAUACAAGCCCUUGCUUGCAAUAAUAUUCCAUGAAGAAUGAACAUCAUUAAAUUCAUUUAAUAUUCCAUUAGACAAAAGUAAUAAGGAACAUCUUCUUUAAUAUUGUGCACCUUUCAUAUCGAAUGCUAAUUUGAUGGUUUUCUAUUUACUGUUAAUUAUUUUCCCUAGUGUUGGAAUAGUAUCAACAGAUUAAAUGUAUUGUCUUU